AUGAGACUCCAGAAUUAUGUUGUAGUCUUGCUGUUGUGUAUUUCAACUUUGCACGCAUCUUCAAAUUGCGAAAGGUUUUCUGAAUUUCAUUGCCGAGAAGAUUGCCAAUGGAGUAAGGAACUUAACCAAUGUCAUGACUGUCUGACUGGUUUUUAUGGAACUAAUUGUUCAAGACCAUGCAGGUAUCCAAAUUAUGGAACAAACUGUCAACAGGAUUGUUCACACUGUGAACGUCUUCAGUGCAGUGCAACAUUCGGCUGUUUGACAACUAGUACUGAUGCACCAUUUCAUCAGGGCUCCUUCGGCCUUGAUUUUGUCAUUAUUGGAUUAAUAACGUCUGGGUUUUUUGUCACAUUUGUUUCCAUGACUUUCAUAUUCCUUGGAAGAAGGUUAAAAAAGUAAUCGAGU